UUCAGUUCAGUUCUAUCGGAUGCUUGCAGUUUUCGAUAAUAUCGGACAUGGUCAGGUCAUGUGUGAUACGUACACUCCUCAAGGAGAGUCGAUUCCCACGAACAAGAGACACUCUGCAGCUAAGAUCUUUAGCCACCCUGAUGUUGUGGCCGAGGAGACAUGGUAUGGUAUUGAGCAGGAGUGCACCUUGCUUCAGAAAUUUUUUUUUUCCCGGAUCGAAGAACAGCAAUCAGAAAAAUAACGCAGUGGAAACCAUAUCGAAACCUAAAACUUCCAUUGUCUGUGAUUUUUACCGAAGAGGGUCAAAAGUGGUAGAAGCGAGAAGUUCACGGACAGGACUCAUAUAUAUGGUAAAAUCUGUCGGAGGUUUUUUGUUCUCAAAAGGGUUCUUCUUCAGCAUUCCAAGCGCGCCGAUGAUCCUCCGGUCAUCAUCGUCGUCAUCAUCAUCUUCAUCUCUUCCGUCGCCGCCGUCAAUCGUAACCCUCCUCAAGCGAUGCAAAACCGAAUCUCAGCUUCAACAAGUUCAUACCCGAAUCAUCCGCAAAGGUCUCGAGCAAGACCGUUAUCUCAUUUCUAUGUUACUCUCCUCGUCUUCGUCUCCUUCGUAUUCUUCUUCUGUCUUCGAUCGAAUUUCUCAGCCCUGUACGCUUCUAUGGAACUGUCUGAUUGGCGGGUACGCUCAAAGGUCUCUCUUUUUGGAGUCUCUGUCGCUUUUCAUGCGUAUGAGGAGGGAAGGUGUUGCGGAAGCUGAUGACUACACUUUCUCUAAGGUAUUGAAGGUGUGUUCGAGCCUGGAACAUGCCCCCUUUGGCUCGGCGGUUCACGGGUUGAUUCUGAGACUUGGGUUUGAUAAGGAUGUGUAUAUCGCGUCGAGUUUGGUUGAUUUAUACGGCAAAUGCAGCGACAUUCUGAGCGCUCGCAAGGUGUUUGGGGAAAUGCCCGACAGAAAUGUGGUUUCUUGGACUGCAUUGCUUGUAGCGUAUGUGAAAGUUGGGAACUUGGAAGAAGCAAAGAAGGUGUUUGAUCUUAUGCCUCACCGGAAUGCGAGAUCAUGGAAUGCCUUGAUAGAUGGGUUGGCAAAAGCCGGGGACUUGGUGAAUGCUAGGAAAGUUUUCGAUAAAAUGCCUGAGAGAGACAUAAAGUCUUAUACAUCCAUGAUUGAUGGGUAUGCUAAGAAAGGUGAUAUGGCUUCUGCGACGGUUUUGUUCGAGCAAGCAGGGGAUGUUGAUAUUGUGGCGUGGUCAGCAUUAAUAUCGGGAUAUGUUCAGAAUGGUCAGCCUAGUGAGGCCAUGAAGAUUUAUCUCAGAAUGCGCGACCUUAACAUUGUGCCUGAUGAGUUUAUCAUUACAAGUGUGAUGGCAGCUUGUUCUCAGCUGGGCAGUUUAGAGUUGUGUCAAUCUCUGAAUUCUUAUUUGUGCCAAAGCUCUGUCAAAUUGUCUAGUCAGCAGCACGUUAUGGCGGCUUGGAUAGACAUGAAUGCAAAAUGUGGUGACUUGGAUAGAGCGCUCAAAUUGUUCGAGAAGAUGCCUAGACGGGAUCUUAUUUCAUACUGUUCAAUGAUGCAAGGAUUGAAUAUACAUGGACGUGGAGAUCUAGCUGUUCAGUUGUUCGAAAAAAUGAUAAACGAGGGUAUAAUUCCUGACAAAGCUGCAUUCACGGUGAUUUUGACUGCGUGUAGCCAUGCCGGGCUUGUUGAUGAGGGUUUAAGGUAUUUCGGGUUAAUUCAAAACGAAUAUUCGAUCGCUGCAUCACCUGAUCAUUAUGCCUGCGUUGUGGAUCUUCUUGGACGGUCGGGGAAGCUCCAAGAGGCUUAUGAGCUUAUAAUGGCCAUGCCUGUGGAACCUCAUGCUUGUGUUUGGGGGGCUCUUCUCAAUGCUUGUAAUCUACAUUGCAAUAAUGAGAUAGGAGAAAUAGCUGCAAACAGGCUCAUUGAGCUUGAACCACAAAAUGCCGGUAAUUUUGUGCUUCUCUCGAAUAUCUGGGCAACUUCAGGACGGUGGCCUGAUGUCGCUCAACUUAGGGACAGAAUGAAAGAGACUGGCAUUAAAAAGAUAUGUGGUUGCAGUUGGAUAAGUCGAUAGGCCCUGUAUGACUGAUCUUUCAAGCAAAUCAGCAAGUUGCAGUAUUUCGUUGCUUUGAGGGUUUCUACGAUAACCAGGAAGAAAGCACAAGGAGAAAACGGACAGAAGGGUGACUGAAAUACCCAUGGAAAGGGAAAAGCUUCCAUCGAAAGAUGUUUUGCAGAACAGUUUCGUGCAGAGGAUCACCACUCAAGGAGCUUCCAUUCCAUCACCGAGCGUGUUGUCGGGUUCUCGGUGGAAUUCGCUUGUAAUUAUGGAUUGGAAUGUGAUGGGUUCUUGGAGGAGUUUUUGAAGAUCCUAUUUGUUGGUGCCACACUGCCACUGCAACCAACAGGAACGCUAGGUUCAGGGCAUGCCAGAUGAUCUCUGAGGCAAAAGGUUCUUCUUCUUCUUCUUCUUCUGCUGCUGCUGCUGCUGCUGAAGCUCUGCAGAUAUGGAUGACUUGCAAGAUAGAUUCCUUCCUGCAACUGUUUCUGAUUAUGUUUACGUAUAGUUAGAAGAUCUCAUAUAGAUGCUGGUGAGUGAAAAAGUCAAAUAAUUUUCUCCCACAUAAAUUGUAAUUUUGUUAAUUAAGGAGUGUAUAUCCUUUAGCAGCAGGGCUUGGACCGUCACUUUGCUAAACAUUCAGUGAAGGCUGCAACUUCAUUCCGCGACUAAGUCUUGUCUUGAGUGCAUUGCCGCUUCCAAGGGGUACAUUUUAUAUCAUCUUCCCCCUUUAUUAUUUUGUUUCCAGUACUGAUGGCAUUACCUUAUGGCAUUUUUGUUCGUUUAUUUUGGUUCACUAUUUAAAAUUUGAUAUGAUGUGUGAUGAUAAUCUAUAUAUAUA